GGUGGGGGAUGGGCACACCCAGGCUCCAUGCUCGGGUCUCAUCACUGCUCGGGUGGCUGAAAGCCUCCGGGUUGCGGUGUGCACAAUGCCCCUGAGAGUGCACGACCCCCCCGGUGCUGCUCGCGCUCCAGGCAGGGCCACCACCACAGGGGGGAUCACGGGGGUUUCAGCAGCUGGGGUGCAACUAUCCGCCCCCACCCCAGGGGCUGAGGGUGACGGCAUCGGUGGGGACCAUUCUGGCCCAGCGUUGGGACGCUUCGGUCCCAAAUUUGCAUGGACUCCACCCAAACAAAACCUGCGCUGCGGGGUGCAGCUGGCAGUGAGCGCUGCACGGGGCGGGGACUGGUGCCGGUGCCAGGGCUGCGAGCCACGGCGCCCGCCCAUGAGUCACCCGGGGACACUGACGCAGCCGCUCCGUCACCGGGAAGGCCGUCCCCGCUCGGCCGUCACCGCUCCCCCGGCUCUGGCGGGGAUGCACGGCCGCCGCCUCCCAGCUCCCCGCGCGGUUCUCAUCCCCGCUGCUCCGCUCGCCCGCAUCGCCGCUCGCCUGCCCGCACCGCGGUGACGUGCGCUGGCUGCUGGGGAGGGGCCUGCCCGCCUUCGCUCCCCGCCAUCAAACUUCGCUCCUCCGCACCGCUGCUGCUGCUCGCACAUGGCACCCCACGGCUGAACCCGCCGCUCGCCCACGUCGGCCAUGUGCCCGCGGUGCCCCGGAGGUGAUGAAGCAGCGAUGACGGCCGCCGGUGGGACCCUCCGUCCCCGCAGACCCGACCCGGGGCAGCCGGGGCGACGACCGCCGCUGCGGCUGGCGCUGACCGUCGCGGCGUGGCUGGGCACCGGCACCGCGCUGGCCGGCCUCAACAAAUGGAUUUUCGCCUCCCACGGUUUCCGCUACCCGCUGCUGCUCUCCUCCCUGCACAUGCUGGCGGCCGUGGUGCUGGGCUACCCGCUGGGCUGGGUGCGAGGACCGCCGCCGCCCGUCCGGCCCCGCGCGCGGAUCUACCUGCUGAGCCUCACCUUCUGCGGCAGCGUGGCUCUGGGCAACCUGGGGCUGAGCCUGGUGCCGCUGGACGCGGCUCAGGCCGUGCACGCCACCGCCCCGCUGGCCACCCUGCUGCUGUCGGCGCUGCUGCGGGGCCGGCGGCACCACCCGCUGCAAUACGCGGCCAUGGGGCCCGUCUGCGCCGGGGCCGCGUGCAGCAUCGCCGGGGGUGUCCGCUUCCACCAGCCCGGGGCCUGCGUCCUCCUGGCUGCCACCGUCCUGCGUGCCCUCAAGUCGCUGCAGCAGAGCCUGCUGCUGCAGGAAGGCCGCCUGGACGCCGUGUCCCUGCUGUGCCUCACCGCCCUGCCCAGCUUCUGCCUGCUCUUCGGGGCAGCCGUGGCGCUGGAGGUGGCCCCGGCGUGGCAGGGCGUGCUGCGCUACGACGGCUCGCUCUGGGGCUGCGUGCUGCUCAGCUGCCUGGGCUCCGUCCUCUACAACCUGGCCAGCUUCUGUGUCCUGUCCCUCACCUCCGCCCUCACCAUCCACCUCCUGGGCAACAUCACGGUGGUGGGCAACCUGCUGCUCUCCUGCCUGCUCUUCGGCAGCCACCUGAGCGCGCUCAGCUACCUGGGCAUCGCGCUGACGCUGGCCGGGAUGUUCAUGUACCAGCAGCCUCAGCUCAUCGCGCGGCGCUGGGCGGUGUGGCUGCAGCACCGGCCCCCCCGGCGCCAGUAGGGGAUGGAGGCGGUGGGACUCGAGCGUGGCACGUGUGGGUGUGCAUCACGCCGUGCACGUGAGUGUGCACAGCUCUGCGUGCACUGGUGAGCUGGUGUGCAAGGCUCUGUUUGCACAGGUGUGUGCCGGUGUGCUUGGCACCGAGUGCACGGAACUGCUGAUGUGCACAGCGCUGCGUGCACUGGUGUGCAUGGUACUGUGUGCACACGUGUGCACUGGUGUGCAUGGCACUGUGUGCAUACGUACAUGCUGGGGUGCACAGCACUGUGUGUAUGUGUGCUGUGCACAUGCGCAGGUGUGCAAGGCAGCGUGUCCGUGUGUGUGUGCUUUGUGUGUGGCCAUGUGCACACGUGUGUGCUGGUGUUCUUGGCGCUGCGUGCAUACAGCUGUGCUGAUGAGCACAGCUCUGAGUGCGCUGGUGUGCGUGGCACUGGUGGCACACUGAUAUGCAGGUGUGCAUGGCACUGUGCCCACGUGUGUGUGCUGGUGUGUGUGGCAACAUGCACAUGUGUGUGCUGGUGUGCACAGCCCCUCUGUGCACAUGUAUGCUGGUGUGCACAGCUCUGUGUACUCAUGCAGGUGCUGGUGUGCAUAGCAAUGUAUGCACGUGUGUGUUUGGUGUGCAUACCAUACUGUGUGUGCACACGUUUAUGUUGGUGCACAUGGCCACACGCACAUGUGCGUGCUCGUGCCCAUGUAUGCCAGUAUGUGCGUGUUCUGGACAUGCAAGUGUUUGUGUGCACAGCUCUGUGCAUGGGGCACACGUGUGCUGGUGUGCACAGGCUCUGCAGGCGUGAGUGUAUCUCUGCACGUGGCAGUGUGUGCAAGGAGUGUGUGAGUGUUGGUGCGUGAAGGUUCCACGUGUGCAAGCAGGCCUCACACAUGUGGGCACGCGUGCUGGUGGGCACAGUCUGUGUGUGUGGAGUGUGUGUGUGCAGAGCAUUUUGUGCUGGUGUGCACGGACUGCGUGUGCGAGUGGUGCUCUGUGCACAGUUUUGUGCAUGAGAGCAUGUGUAUGUCGGUGUGUGCACAAGUGUCUGUGCACAAGUGUGUGUGCAGAUCUUUACAGGUGGGUGUGCAUGCACGUGCUGCUGCGCCCAGGCUCGGUGAGCGGCUGUGUGUGCACAGAUUCUGUGUGUGCAAGCGCAUCUCUGUGUGUGUGCACGUGUGCACAUCACUACUGAGCUCUGCUGGAUGGAGUGAGCCCGGUGCGUGCAUGGGAGGUGUGUGCAAAGCUCGUGCCCCCAUGGGACACAGCGUGUUGGGCCCUUGGCGUGCUGUGUGCCACUACAAUGCUGGUGUUCCCAGCUGGUGUCCCCAGUGGUGUCACCCUCCUGCUGCCGGUGGCGACACGAUGCACGCCCAUGUGUACUGCCCAGGAGGUGCAGUGGCACCGGGACAGCUCUGAAAUAAAGCUCUAUUUUUGUCAUACUCCA